GAUUGCACGAAAACGAAUAGUCGUAUGGUUCUUUAUUUAUUGUGAAUACGCGAAGAAACUGAGGGACUCCUAGAUUUUCUUUUGUGUUUUUCAAGUGAUAGCAGGAUUGUGUUGUUUGUGAAUUUUAAAGUUAUAGUGUAUUAACGCGAGGAAAAUCGAUGAGAUUGUGUGUACAGUGGUGCGAACAAUAUGUGCAGUGUUGAUUACGAAUGACAUCUGCUAGAAGAAAAACGGAAUUGCAGUAGUUAGAAGACGUGGAUUACGCAUCAUACAGGAUGAAUGUGACCGAGACGAUCCCGGUAUCGGCUCAGCCGAUGGAGAAAACGCACAGUCUGCUGGAGCCCCUGCAGCAGCCGAUGUUCCUGCAGACUCAGACUGCUCAGAUAAUCGCUGGGAUCUUCGUAUGGACCGCGCUUUUUAUCACUUGCCAACAGAUCUACCAGCACCUGCGCUGGUACACAAACCCCUCGGAGCAGCGAUGGAUAGUCCGCAUCCUGUUCAUUGUGCCCAUCUACGGCUGCUACAGCUGGAUCUCGCUGUUGUUCUUCAACGGGGACUCCUACUACGUGUACUUCUUCACAGUCAGGGACUGCUAUGAAGCGUUCGUGAUCUACAGCUUCCUGUCCCUGUGCUACGAGUACCUAGGAGGCGAGGGCAACAUCAUGUCCGAGUUGCGAGGCAGGCCCGUGCGCGCCUCCUGCGUCAACGGCACGUGCUGCCUCGCCGGCGCCACCUACACUAUCGGCUUCCUGCGCUUCUGCAAGCAGGCCACGCUGCAGUUCUGCCUCGUCAAGCCCGUCUGCGCCUUCAUUAUUAUAUUCCUACAGUCGGCAGGGCACUACCACGACGGCGACUGGAGCCCCAACGGCGGCUACCUGUACAUCACGAUCGUGUACAACUUCUCCGUGAGCCUGGCGCUCUACGGGCUGUUCCUGUUCCUCGGCGCCACCCGCGAGAUGCUCAAGCCGUUCGACCCCGUGCUCAAGUUCUUCACCGUCAAGUCCGUCAUCUUCCUCUCGUUCUGGCAAGGCGUAGCCCUAGCCAUCCUAGAGAAGGCUGAAGUAAUAUUGCCGAUAACGGACGCGAACAACGUGCCAACCACGGCCGGUACCGUGUCCGCCGGUUACCAGAACUUCCUGAUCUGCAUCGAGAUGUUGGCGGCCGCUGUGGCGCUGCGCUACGCGUUCCCGGCCGCCGUGUACGCGCACGCGCACCGCGACCCGCACCGCUCCGUCACUAUGCAGUCCAUCUCCAGUAGCUUGAAGGAGACCAUGAACCCCAAGGACAUAAUGACAGACGCUUUCCACAAUUUCCACCCGCAGUACCAGCAGUACACGCAAUACAGCUCCGAUGUCACUUCUCACCUGCCUUAUGAGAAACUAUAAGCUCUGCCAUAGCUGUGCUGUGCAUGAAGUGCAUUGAUGUAUUUGUGUCCGUACCAUACAUACAUACAUACAUACAUACGAGUAACAUCCGAGCAUGGAAACACCACUAACAUGGAUCAAGCUUCUGAUAUAAUUAAC